AUGAAAACACAAAUCAAUAUAGAGAAGAGUGCUUCUCAAGUUACCUUUAUCUCCGCCGUAUCCUCAUCCUCCUCCUCCGCCGCCGCAGCCUCAUUGUCCUCACCUACAACAUCUUCUUCUUCUUCAUCAACAACUUCUAAUUUUCUUGAGAAUGCCAACUCUAAAAGAAAAGCAUCUCGAACAAGAUCAUCAUCAGGAUCAUUAGCCGUUCAAGAAGAUGAUCAAGGCCAAGAAAAACGGCGAAAGAUCAACAGCGGAGACAAGCAUCCGACGUAUAGAGGAGUAAGGAUGAGGAGUUGGGGAAAAUGGGUGUCCGAGAUUAGAGAGCCGAGGAAGAAAUCAAGAAUAUGGCUCGGGACCUUUCCAACCGCUGAGAUGGCCGCUCGAGCUCAUGACGUGGCGGCUUUAGCCAUCAAAGGUUCAACGGCUUACCUAAAUUUUCCUGAAUUAUCCGGCGAGCUUCCUCGUCCGGUUACCAAUUCUCCUAAAGACAUUCAAGCCGCAGCCACAUCCGCCGCCGUCGACUGGCAAGACUCCGGCAACAACAAUAGCGACCGUGUGAUUAGUUCUGAUGUAGCUGAACUCGAGCCGAGUGGAGCUGUUGUGGCUCAAUCGUUGUCAAGCAGCGUGGUGUGUUCUUCAGAUACUGUGACGACGACGAGGCAAGAGUCGUCGGAAACUUCGUGUGCUUCGACGACUUCGUGCACGCACAAAGACAGCGAAGAAGAGAAGCUGUUUGAUUUGCCGGAUUUGUUCAGUGAUGAGAAUGAGAUGAUGAUACCACACGAUGCAUUUUGUUAUGAUGCUUCUACGUGGCAGCUCUGUGGAGCUGAUGCAGGGUUUCGGCUUGAAGAGCCGUUUUAUUGUCUCAAUGACUAA